GAGGUGGUGGUUGUUGAUGUAGCUGUCAGAAGUCAGCCACCGCGCACAGAAGACAGCGGAUAACGAUGCAGUUCCUAGGCCGGCUGUUGGACACAGUCUCCUCUGUGUCCACCCUCUUCACAAACCCUUACCGGGUCAGAGAUGUGCCGCUGACCGAUUAUGAAGCAAGAGACAAAGCUGUGUUGAAAAGGGAAGGGCGGAUGGUCCUGUACAAAAACCUACAGAGUCAGUCGUGGGACUGUUUGCUCACGUCUCCCGAGACGCCAACGACAGCUUUGAGGCUGUUUCAGGUCAUGUCAGAGGGAGAGGCCAUGAACUGGUUUCCGCAGUAUGCUCUCAAACUUCAACCCUUCUAUGAGAUUCUUCCACUGAAGGCUGAGACGGUGCAGACAAUUUUGGACUGCAUCCGUAGCCACCCAGACUGGAGCUCUGCCCACAUCGCUGUGGAGACGGGCCUGAGAGAAUGCCUCAAACACAACUAUGUACAGAGUCAGAUUAAUGCUCGAGACGCAUCGGGUCAGACACCUCUGCACCUGGCGUGUGCACGAGGAGACUUGUCAUGUGUGAAGGAGUUGCUGGACGAGAGUCAGGCCCGCACCGACAUCAAAGACCAUAACGGAGAAACACCGAUGCACUACGCCUCCAAGCAGGAUUCUCCUGUCAUCAUCCAGGCCUUGUGUUCGCGGUUGUGUUCUGGGGUGGACGAGGUAAAUAACAAUGGGGAAACCCCGCUCCAUGUGGCCUGCCGGUUAGGACGUGUGGAGUCUGUCAAAGCCCUUUUGGAGGGUGGAGCAAAGUGUGAUGUCAUUGGCGGUAUUGGCUACCCGGUCCACACCGCCAUGAAAUACAGCGAGAAAGGCUGUGUGGAGGAGAUCCUUAACGCAGAUCCUGGUCAGCUCCAAGCUGAAGACUCCGUGUAUGGAGGGACACCCCUGCACUGGGCCAAAACAGCUGAGAUGUGUCGUCUGCUGCUGGAGCAGGGCUGUGAAAUAAACUACCUCAGUAAGACCGGAGAGAGUGCGCUCCACAUUUUGACUAAAAAGGGUCGCUUCGAGGCAGCCAUGGUGCUGCUCACCCACGGGGCGAACGCUAACCUGAAGGGCCAGGAUGGGAACACACCUCUGCACUUGGCUAUGAAGAUGGACCACAUAGAGAUGAUCAAAGCACUGAUAGUUUUUGGUGCUGAUGUUGAGAUCCACAAUGACCUGGGAGAAACUCCUGGACUCAUUGCUGCACGCAACAGUAAAGGCCCUAAUAGAAAGAUACUGCUGGACAUGCUGUGUAAUGUAGGAGUCGAUCGUUGCCUGCCCCCCUCCCCCAGCAGUCCUCCUGUCAUCUCCAACACGACCAAACCUCAAGCCAUAGGGUUCAACAACAUCAUGUAUGAAGGAGCUGCUGCAAUGAACCGAGGCAGAUCUGAACUUGAUGGUCCUAAAGUGGAGAGGAAGAUGGACAGACUCCUGUGUCUGGAUGGCGGAGGUAUUAAAGGCCUGGUGCUGAUCCAGAUGUUGAUCGCUCUGGAGAAAGAGGCAGGACGACCCACCAAAGAGCUGUUUGAUUGGAUAGCUGGCACGAGCACAGGGGGCAUCCUCGCCCUUGCCAUAAUUCAUGGUAAGAAUAUGGAGUACUUGCGCUGCCUGUACUUUAGGAUGAAGGAGCAGGUAUUUAAAGGCUCCAGACCCUAUGAAUCUGCACCACUGGAGGACUUCCUGAAGAAAGAAUUUGGAGAAAACACCAAGAUGACAGACGUGCGAUACCCCAGGGUCAUGGUGACCAGUGUACUAGCUGAUAGACACCCAGGUGAGCUGCAUAUCUUCAGAAACUACAACCCCCCAGACAUUCCCAGGGAGCCUGUGUAUGCCACCACUGCCACCUUCAAGCCUCUCAUCAUUCCUCAAGAACAACUUGUGUGGCGAGCCGCUCGCUCCAGUGGUGCUGCUCCCACUUAUUUCCGACCAAUGGGGCGCUUCCUGGAUGGUGGGCUGUUGGCUAAUAACCCGACACUGGAUGCUAUUACAGAAAUCCACCAGUACAACAAGGCCUUACAAGCUAAGGGCGACCUGCAGAAUGUUAGGAAGAUGGGUGUAGUUGUUUCUCUUGGGACAGGUAAACCCCCCCAAGAGGUGGUGAGCUCUGUGGAUGUAUUUAGGCCCUCCAACCCUUUGGAGCUGGCCAAGACUUUCGUAGGAGCGAAGGAGCUGGGCAAAAUGCUGGUGGACUGUUGUACGGACUCUGAUGGCUGUGCAGUGGACCGGGCCAGAGCCUGGUGUGAAAUGGUUGAUACCAUCUACCACAGACUGAGUCCGCAGCUGUCUCAGGAGGUGAUGCUGGAUGAGGUGAGCGACGCAGUCCUCGUCAACAUGCUGUGGGAAACUCAGAUGUACCUGUUUGAGAAGAGGGAGAUCCUUCAGUCUCUGGCAAAAUUCUUACUAAACAACUGAAAGGACGAGGAAAUCACAGAGUUGCCAGAAGAAUGAAGAGACAUUACUGAACCAUGUAACUGCCUCAAGACUUUGUCUGUGUCGAUGGUACUUUUAAAGAAGUAAAGUGACUUUUCUAUUUUAGCUGAAAUAAGUAUUUAGAAGAUAUUUAAAUAUGGCAGACACUGACAGCAAAUCCAGGGUUUAUACUGACUUACUUGUUGAAACAAUAAUUACCAGUAUGUAGCAUCAUGUAACUUUAUCACUGCUGUGUUUAUUAGGUUUACUGGUUUUAUAUAAAAAAGAGAAGACUUGAUAAAAUCUUCCCGUCAACAGUUAGUAAAACAUGGAGUAGGCAGAGGAAGUGGCAUCAACCGACGCAAACAAGCAAACUCACUGUGAAAGUUUUAACCAGGUUUGGUUAUUGCAACACGCACACACACACAAAAAAAAGUCUAGACCUGUCUAUUAUAAUCCAAGGAACUCUGUAAUACAUCCAGGAAAAAAGUGUACGUUUGUGUGAGAACCAUUUUUCUUACUAAGUUUCAUUAUGACCAUGCUUUUACAUGUUUAUUUAUACUGAUCUUUGACACAUUUACCUUCACCCCUGAAAAGUAACUUUCACACUUCUCACGCUUUACUUCAAAUCUUUCCUGUUUUGACCUCACUGAGUGCGAGUGAAGUAAAAACCGUUUCAACCU